ACUCCGAUUAUCAAGUAGAAAAAAAAUGGUAACUUUAUCGGCGACUUCGACGUCCAUCGUUGCUUCAUGGGACACUCAACAGAGGCUUUCAUACAAUCCCAAUGCCCCAAGAAACCCCAACAAGAAACCCAAUUCUCUUUCUCCUUCGCCAACCUCACAAUCCACCGGAAAUGCAACCUUAACCGCAACGACCAUUCGAACCGACCAAAUUGUCUCCGACCUCCUUAACCGUCGCAAUCGCAGCUCAAUUGAAGGCUGCAAAUUGGAGGAGCCAGAUGGUCUCUAUUUGGGAUAUGAUCAGUGGUUGCCAGAUCCACCAAAGGUACAGAAGCCGCGGUCUGUGUUCAAUGCAGCUUCAUUAGCAUAUAUUGGCGACUGCAUCUAUGAGCUAUAUGCUCGCCGGCACUUUCUGUUCCCUCCGUUGAGUAUCGAAGAAUACAAUGACCGUGUUAUGGCUGUUGUACGUUGUGAAGCACAAGAUGUUCUACUGCAGAAACUUCUAAAUGAUAAUUUUUUAACAGGGGCAGAGAGGGACAUCCUUCGAUGGGGAAAAAAUGUUGGUUCCUCCUCUAAAACACGAACCAAAAAACGUGCUGGUGCUGCAGUUUAUAAUCGAGCAUCUUCGCUAGAAACCUUAAUUGGUUACCUUUACCUGAACAAUGUGAAACGAUUGGAUGAAAUCAUGCAAAAACUUGGCUUCUCAACUGAUUCAUCCUUGCAAUUGAUUUCAGAGGAAUCAAAUAGUGAUCAACCAAGGACGUUAGGUGAUGAAGAAAACUCCUGAUUGUCGUUGAGCUAAACCAUGGUACUGCGCUAAUACUUCAAAACAGAUUAAUCCAUUGAUGUCUUUACAACUGGUCAGAAAUCAAUUUUCGUGGCUAUUGGUUCUGCAUGCUCUCUGCACAUCGUCCACCUUUCUUUCCAAGUCGCAAAGUCUUGUGCAAAUAGGCAUGUUUAGUUGACAUUUUUGGUUACUGUUCCUUGCUCUUUGUGUGAGUUCUGUAAUUAUUCUAUAAAACUCAGUAAUCACUUCCCAGUUCCCACUUAUACCAUGUUAUAUAUUUUGAUGAUUUCUCCAA